GCCGGAGAUUCCUGAGCACCGAGGCGCAGACGCGGUUGAUCCUGCACGGUGGUGUGUAUGGAGUGUGUGUAGAGGAGUGAUCGGCGUGCACCAGGCAGAGUGGGAAAGAAGAGCCUGGAGAUGGCGGAUGGGAAGCUGAAGCAGGAGAGCGGGGACGCUGCUGACAUAGAGAACAGGAUUAUAGAGCUGUGUCAGCAAUUUCCUCAUGGAAUUACAGAUCAAGUUAUCCAGAAUGAGAUGCCACACAUUGAAGCAAAGCAGAGAGCAACGGUUAUCAACCGCUUACUAUCAGUUGGUCAGUUGGAUCUCCUUAGAAGUGGAACGGGCCUUUUGUACAGACUGAAAGAUGCACAGACCGCUGGUAAAAUGAAGGGUUCCGACAAUCAGGAAAAGUUAGUGUAUCAGAUUAUUGAGGAUGCUGGAAAUAAAGGUAUAUGGAGCAGAGACAUUCGAUACAAAAGUAAUCUUCCUCUCACUGAGAUCAAUAAAAUCCUAAAGAACAUGGAAAGCAAGAAGCUAAUUAAAGCGGUCAAGUCAGUAGCGGCUUCAAAAAAGAAAGUGUACAUGCUGUAUAAUGUACAGCCUGACCGCUCGGUGACGGGAGGAGCAUGGUACAGUGACCAGGACUUUGAGUCUGAAUUUGUCGAAGUAUUAAACCAACAGUGUUUUAAGUUCUUGCAAACUAAGGCAGAAGCAGCCAGAGACAGUAAGCAAAACCCAAUGAUCCAAAGAAACAGUUCUUUUGCAUCAUCCCAUGAAGUCUGGAAAUUUAUCUGUGAGCUUGGCAUUAGCAAGGUUGAAUUAUCAAUGGAAGACAUAGAAACUAUUCUAAACACACUGAUUUAUGACGGGAAGGUAGAAAUGACCAUAAUCGCCGCUAAAGAAGGGACAGUGGGCAGUGUGGAUGGACAAUUGAAACUUUACAGAGGCGUGAACCCAAUCAUACAGCCAGCAGGUUUAGUGCGUACACCUUGUGGCCUGUGCCCGGUUUUUGAUGACUGCCAAGAAGGUGGCGAUAUUUCUCCAUCUAACUGUAUAUAUAUGUCUGAGUGGCUGGAGUUCUGAUGGAAACCUAUUGCAAAGUAACACAGUGCAAGAUCUCCAUCUAUACGCGUGACACACUUUGGUGUAUGCAACUGUACAAACUGUACUAAAUUAUUUAUUUUAGAUGUUUACAAUUUUUAUUGUUAUUCAGAUUCCACUUUUGAUAUUACUUCAGUUAAAAUAAUGGCCAAACCAAAGAGCGAUGUAGUUUUAUUUAACGCAAUAUUCCGCUAUCAAGUUGUAAAUGUAAUAAACAUCUCGGAAGGAACCAUAAA